CAUCAAAAAAGGAAAAAAUGGUUUCUUGUUUGCCUGUUUACCGGAUUGUUUGGGAACUCCUAAUUUACCUUCCAUCUGCAAACCGUUGGCCACAGCCACGUCCAAACGCUCCCUCGCGAUUUUCCUGAGGUGAUCCUUUCCUCUCACAUGCCGCCUAAACUACCCGUCUUCGACUGAGAAACCAUUCCCCAAAUAAUCCAAAGCGUAGUAUUGCAGCUAAGAUAUUCGCAAUCAAGAUUUGUUUUUCGGAACCCUAGGUUUGCCGUAGCAUCGAGAAUCAUUACAAUUCUGUUCGAUAUUGUUGUACUUGUUGUUCAGUAACAAGUUGUGAUGUUUGAUUGAUUGAUCGUCGUUUUCUGUGAUGCGAUUGGUUGUGAUUUUCAGAGUGAAUGCAAUGGAAGUGGAAUUGAUAACAGAGGGCGUGUCGGAUGAUGAUGCUUUCAGCUUUGAUCAGAACAAUGAUGAUUUUUUAACUCUGGAUGGUGAGAGAUGUGGGAUAUGCAUGGAUAUUGUCAUUGAUAGGGGGGUGCUGGAUUGCUGCCAACACUGGUUCUGUUUCACAUGCAUUGACAACUGGGCUACCAUCACAAACCUUUGCCCGCUUUGCCAGAAUGAAUUUCAGUUAAUCACAUGUGUUCCUGUAUAUGAUACCAUUGGCAGCAGCAAAAUUGAUGAGGAGUUGUCCUCCAGAGAGGAUGAUUGGUGCAUUGAAGGGAAAACCAAUACCCUUUCUUUCCCCUCAUACUACAUUGAUGAAAAUGCAGUUAUCUGUUUGGAUGGAGAUGGAUGCAAAAUCCGAAGUGGAUCAGUUACUAUUGAUGAAGAUUCCAAUCUUGAUACGUCUAUUGCUUGUGACUCAUGUGAUACAUGGUAUCAUGCUUUUUGUGUGGGAUUUGAUACUGAAGGGACAUGUGAGAAUUCAUGGUUAUGCCCAAGGUGUGUAGUGAAUGAGAAUCCCCAAGAAACAGAUGUGAUUCCAGUGCUGAGGCCUAGCAACUACGGGUGUCUAGAAAAUAGCAAUAGUGAUUGUUUCGUUGAUGCUGCUUUUUCUAGAAAGGUUUCUGUAUCAGUUGCUGAUGCUGGCGAGACAGCUGUUGUUGUCUCAAUGGUUGAGAAUCAAAUGACAGACAGACCAAGUGAAAAACUGCCAUCAACCUUAGAAGUUGACAAAGACCUGAAAAUUGAGAGGUUGGAAAUACCAUCAACUGAGAAGCCUACUACUCAACCAGUUUUGAAGUCAGAGAAGUUGGAACUAUGCUUAUCACAAGAUGUAUCCUUUAGUUUGCCAUGUAGUUCGUUUGGGAAAAGUGAGUUGAAGAUGUCUUCCCCUGAUAAACUGAUGAAAGAACCAAGUGGCGUUGAUGGCUUUGUUAUUUCUUCAAGGAAGAAGUUAAACGGGUGUUACUCUGGUAAUGAACCAUCUGGAUCCAGUCUGGAUCUGCAUCUUGGUUUAUCUGUGGGCUGUUCUUUUUUUGUUGACUUUGUGAAAAACGAUGUAGCUGAAGAUCAAGCAGCUGGAGACAUGCAGCAGAAAAGUUGUUCAGAAGAAUAUUUAUUGCCAGGUGGCCGUUGUGUGCCUGCUGUGAAGGAUACUACUCUUGGAACUACUGGUGCAAAGAGAAAGAAAAGAGAUUAUUACAGUUAUGAUGUUCCGACAGUUGCUGAGGACGAGGAAACCAAAGCUGAAGUUGAGACUAAAGCUUCAAGAAAAAAGGUCAGAGCUGAGAGAACCAGUCGAGUGAUUAAUUCAAGAGACCAAGCUGAUGAAUCUGUUUCCGAUACGUCCCCGACAUGUAACUCAGGAAAGGAAAAUGCUGCUUCUGCUAUAAUGAGUAUAGUUCAGGGGACAGAUCGUAGACCUGUCAAGGGCCAUACACACAAUAAUCAAACUGUUAAGUCCUCACUAGAGAGAGAAAAUCCAGCUGGUUUGAGAAUGAAAAAGAUCAUGAGAACAGCUGCCGAGGACAAGGAGUCAUCCGUAUUGGUACAGAAGCUGAGAAAAGAAAUUCGGGAAGCCGUCCGCAACAAAUCCUCCAAAGAGUUUGGUGAAAACCUUUUUGACCCAAAACUUCUUGAUGCAUUCAGGGCUGUUGUGGCUGGAACCAUGACUGAACCAGCUAAAAAGGCUCCAGCUCUUGUUGUGAGGGAUAAGAAGUUACUCUCACAGAAAGGAAAAGUACGUGAGAAUCUAACAAAAAAGAUAUAUGGGAUUGGUGGAAGAAGAAAGCGGGCGUGGACCCGUGACUGUGAAAUUGAAUUUUGGAAACACCGUUGCUUGAAACCUGGCAGGCCUGAAAAAAUUGAGACUUUGAAGUCAGUUCUGAAUCUUUUAAGAAAUGGCUCUUAUGGGACAGAAAUUAAGCAGGAAAAUGAAGUGAAGGCCUCGAAUCCCAUUCUUUCAAGGUUGUAUUUAGCUGAUACAUCUGUUUUCCCUCGUAAGGAUGAUAUCAAGCCUCUCUCCGAUCUCAACACUACUGAUCCUACAGAGAAUAAAGGACACUCUUCAAUGGAAAAAGCACCUACUUCAUCUCUGGGGCCUCAAAAUCCAAAAACUCUGCAAUUAAACAUGGUUUUGCCACAGGUUGGUAUUCCGUUGUCCGAUGAUAAAGGAAAGAAGAGUACUGCUGCUACAAACGUUAAGGGAGAAUCUUCCUCUGUAAGUGGUUCCAAAGUAAAUUUCCAGAAGGAAAUGAUUGGUAAAUCUAAUGAUGUAAAGAAGGAUAAGAGGAAAUGGGCCCUAGAGGUUCUUGCUAGAAAAACUGCAACCACUGGCAGUAGUGCCGCACUCGAAAAACAGGAAGACAAAACGGUUCUUAAAGGAGCUUAUCCUCUAUUGGCUCUAUUACCAAUUGAUAUGAGACCAGUAUUGGCACCCAGUCGUCAUAAUAAAAUCCCAAUAUCUGUUAGGCAGGCACAGCUUUACCGCCUCAUCGAGCACUUUUUGCGCAAAGCAAAUCUGCCCAUCAUUCGCAGAACUGCAGACACAGAGUUUGCUGUUGCUGAUGCAGUUAAUAUUGAGAAGGAAGUUGCUGAUAGAUCAAAUAGCAAGUUAGUAUACGUUAAUCUUAUGUCUCAGGAGAUACUACAUCGAUCGGAUAUCAUCAAGCCUAAUAGAGCCACAGAAUCCGAUCCUUCCCCAACUUCAGCAGUUCCUACUGACAAAUCAGAACAAACAACCAAUGAUGUUUCUGAUGGUCCAAUGGUCGAGGAAGCAUUGAAAAAUGCGGGUCUUUUGUCCGAUUCCCCACCAAAUAGUCCUUAUCACCAAAUGGGAGAAGCAAAUGACGAAUAUGACCUCUCUGGAAAGAUUGGAGAUGAUCCUGAACCUGGUAAUGUUUUUGAAAUGGAUUCUCAUCCAGACCUUGAUAUUUAUGGUGAUUUUGAGUAUGAUUUGGAAGAUGAAGACUUCAUUGGUGCUAGUGCUGUAAAGGCAUCUAAGGUAGAACAAGAAGAGUCAAAAAUAAAAGUGGUUUUCUCCACUCUCAAUUCAAAUAUAUCAAAUAAUGCUAAUGGCAUUGAGGAUCAUGAGGGAACAAAUGAUGUUGGAGUGGAGGUUAAGGAUGGGGAUUGCAUUAAUCAAGACCCCUUAACAGAUGGGGGAGGGGAAGAGCCUUCUCUUGCAGAAUGUGAAGAACUAUAUGGUCCCGAUAAAGAACCAUUGACAAAAAGGUUUCCAGAAAGUGCAUUGAUAAAGAAGCCCAGUGAAACAACGGCUGAUGGUGCAUCCCCAGAGAAAACUGAAUAUUCCGGAUCCAGCCAAACGGCAAAGGCUAGUGAAUUAGAGGGUGAGAGCUGUGCAGAGAAUUUAGUUGGUGGAGAUAAUGCACCGGAUUGUUCUCAAACAAGUGAAAAUGUUCCGAGAAAGGAGAAAAUAUCAAAUACCUGUACAAGCAAUCGAUCUGAUAGCAUCAAGGAUGUAUCACAAAAGGUGGAAGCUUACAUCAAAGAGCACAUCAGGCCACUUUGCAAGAGUGGAGUGAUCACAGUCAAACAAUACAGAUGGGCUGUGGAGAAAACGACUGAGAAAGUUAUGAAAUACCACUCCAAAGAAAAGAAUGCAAAAUUUCUCAUCAAGGAAGGUGAGAAGGUGAAGAAACUUGCACAGCAGUAUGUUGAGACCGCCCAACAGAAGGAAAGAACAUAACAUUUAGAGGGAACUAUGAUGUUGCAAAUAUCUCUUUUAAUUUCCGUAUUCCAGUGAUUGUUAUGUUAACAAGUAUGAGGGUCGAAGCCCCAUGUCGUCGUAACCGUGAUUCCGAAAAUUAACCUGUAUGCAGAUGAUAUAUUGGGAAAGUGAGAAACAAAACUGUUGCAAA